AUGGCGGAGCGGGGCGGGAGAGGCAGCGGCAGCCACGGCAGCCUGGACAAGAGCAUCACCCUUCCGCCUGACGAAAUCUUCCGCAACCUGGAGAACGCCAAGCGCUUCGCCAUAGACAUCGGUGGCUCAUUAACUAAGUUGGCUUAUUAUUCAACUGUGCAGCAUAAAGUAGCAAGAGUGAGAUCCUUUGAUCAUUCUGGAAAGGACAUGGAACAUGAACCUUUAUAUGAAAUAUCAGUUCAGGAGGAGAUUACAGCUCGACUUCACUUCAUUAAAUUUGAAAACACUUAUAUUGAAACCUGCCUAGAUUUCAUCAAAGACCAUCUAGUCAAUACAGAGACAAAAGUAAUCAAAGCUACAGGUGGUGGCGCCUAUAAAUUUAAAGAUCUUAUUGAGAAGAAGUUGGGGUUAAAAGUAGAUAAAGAAGAUGUAAUGACCUGCCUAAUUAAAGGAUGUAACUUUGUGCUAAAAAACAUACCACAUGAAGUAUUUGCGUACCAGAAGGAUUCAGAUACAGAAUUUCGAUUUCAGACAAACCACCCAAAUAUUUUCCCAUAUUUACUGGUCAAUAUUGGCUCUGGGGUUUCUAUAGUGAAGGUAGAAACAGAAGACCAGUUUGAAUGGAUUGGAGGGAGCUCAAUUGGAGGCGGAACCUUCUGGGGUCUUGGAGCACUGCUCACAAAAACAAAGAAAUUUGAUGAAUUACUGCAGCUUGCUUCAAAAGGACAGCACACAAAUGUAGACAUGCUGGUGAAAGAUGUAUAUGGAGGGGCUUACCAGACCCUGGGGCUAAGUGGAAAUUUAAUAGCUAGCAGCUUCGGGAAAUCUACUACAGCAGAUAAAGAAUUUUCCAAAGAAGAUAUGGCAAAAAGUUUACUACAUAUGAUCAGCAAUGACAUUGGCCAACUUGCCUGCCUCUAUGCCAAAAUCCAUAACUUAGAUAAAAUAUAUUUUGGAGGAUUCUUUAUUCGGGGUCACCCUGUUACCAUGCGCACAAUAACCUACAGCAUCAACUUCUUCUCCAAGGGAGAGGUUCAGGCAUUGUUCCUGAGACAUGAAGGCUACCUGGGAGCCAUUGGGGCAUUUUUAAAAGGAGCUGAACAAGACAAUCCAAACCAGUAUAGCUGGGGAGAGAAUUAUGCUGGAAGUUCUGGUCUUAUGAGUACAUCACCUGAUAUUUUCCCCAUGCAGAGAACAAGGAGUGGUACAUUUGACAUGUUUGAAAUGGAUAGGUUGGAGAGACCGCUUGUUAACCUGCCACUGCUAAAGGACCCAUCCACCUAUAUUCCAGACACUGUCGACCUCACAGAUGAUGCCAUGGCCAGAAAAUACUGGCUCACUUGCUUUGAAGAGGCAUUGGAUGGGGUAGCAAAGCGUGCUGCAGCCAGUCAACCAGACUCUAUUGAUGCAUCUGAGAGAGCUGAAAAAUUCCGACAGAAAUACUGGAAUAAGCUCCAGACACUCAGGCAGCAGCCUUUUGCAUACGGUACCUUAACAGUUAGAAGCCUGUUGGAUACAAGGGAACACUGUUUAAAUGAAUUCAAUUUUCCAGAUCCCUACUCAAAGGUAAAGCAGAAAGAAAAUGGCAUAGCCUUAAAAUGUUUUCAAAGCGUAAUCGAAUCUUUGGAUUCAUUAGGCUGGGAGGAGAGGCAGUUUGCUCUGGUGAAAGGACUUCUUGCGGGGAAUGUCUUUGACUGGGGAGCAAAAGCAGUCUCAGAUGUUCUGGAAUCAGAGCCACAGUUUGGAUUUGAAGAAGCCAAGUCAAAACUGCAAGAACGUCCUUGGUUAGAAGAUUCCUACAGUCAAUGGCUAGAGCGACUGAAGGAGGGUCCCCCUCAUAAAUGUGCCUUAAUUUUCGCAGAUAACAGUGGCAUAGACAUAAUUUUAGGAGUCUUUCCCUUUGUCAGAGAGCUCCUCUCUAGAGGGACAGAGGUUAUAUUGGCUUGUAACUCUGGCCCUGCCCUAAAUGACGUCACCUACAGUGAAUCUCUGAUUGUUACUGAGAGAAUAGCAGCAAUGGAUCCAGUCAUUCAAUCUGCCUUGAGGGAAGAGAAGCUGCUGUUGGUCCAGACAGGUUCAAGUUCUCCGUGUCUAGAUCUAAGCCGCCUGGAUAAGGGUUUGGCAGUGCUGGUCAGAGAACGGGAGACGGACUUGGUUAUCAUUGAAGGCAUGGGUCGUGCUAUCCACACAAAUUAUUAUGCAGCUUUGAAGUGUGAGAGCCUCAAGCUUGCUGUUAUCAAAAACUCCUGGCUUGCUGAUCGUCUUGGAGGGAAAAUUUUCAGUGUCAUUUUUAAGUAUGAAGUGCCAUGUAAAUGAUACAGGUCUGACACACUGUGUGAACAGGAGCAGCAGAAUGGACUUGCACUAGUUUUACUUUAACUGUAAAGAAUGUAUUUUUAUUACAACAGGGAAAUGAGUUCACAGGAAAUUCCAUAUUUAUAUUGUGCUUUUGUGACUUAAAAAGCAACAAUAUGAUUCAUUAUAUAGUAUACACAUUCAAAUAUAUAUAUGUAUAUCACUCAUUGUUUAUUUUGGUAAGUGUUUAUUUUAAUGCUGCAGUAUUUGUGAUGAAAAUACUUUAUUUUUUGUUCUGUGAGACAUUCAUAUAGAAAUAUAUUUAAAUGUCAAUGAAACCUUUUUAUACAUCUGCCUACUCUGCCAGCAAUGAUGUGGCUGGUACCAAAUAGUUUUUAAAGUGCUGAAAGAACUUGAUGUCGCAUUUGCCAUAUUAGCUCUUGAAGUUACCUAAAUUGUUUCAUACUCUUUGCAGUUAAUUCUGUUAAAGGAUUGGUCCACUUACUUACUUACUGUCUAACUUAACAAACAUUGCUUAAGCUGUAUUGAAAAUAGAUCUGUCACGAUCCGAGAGCAUAACAGGUACCUGAACAACACUAGUUUACCAACACUUGGAAGAACUCCUAACUUUUACUACUUCCACUGUUAACAAUCAAGGUUGGGGGGGGAGGAAAUCAGUCUGCACUUAGACCCUCUUAAGUUCUAAUACAUGAUAUAUAAUAUGUAUCUAAAUUACCCUCAAAGUAAAUCUAUACUGCUUUAUUUAGGAACACCCAGCUAUUUUCCUGUCACAGGCAUGUUAGUUUCUGUUACCUUCAGCUAUUUAAUGGUAGGACUGAUACAAAUUUAAUUUUUUUGUUCAGGCACUGCAGUUUUCUCUGUGGUUUUUUUUUUUUUUUUUUUUUUUUCCCUCACUUCCAUUGGAUGUAGAGUAUGUAAAGGCAGUGAUUUACCUGUUAAUUUGCAAACCAGCAUGUGCAUGCAUCGGUCAUUCCAGCUCUGGCAUGCUUUAUUCUAAAUGAAAAGCAGCUUAAUUGGAGAAUGUGUAAUACAGCAAUUGAGAGACCUGUUCUCUCUGAAUUUCAAAGAUUCUUCUGUGAUAACGAGAGAGGAAUGAUCUGAAAUGCUCAUUACUUCCCUUGCCUGGUAGAUUUGUUUUGUUUUGUUUUUUAAUCAACUAAUUACUAAACUGCUCCAGUACUAUUGGAUUUUAACUAUGACUCUCUUUUUUUCCUAAGUACAGAUCAGCUUAAUUAGGACAAACUGUCGUCUAUAGCUAAACAGGGAACGUCUCAUCUUGUGACUGUUAAUUGACAAAUGCUAAAUAGCUUGCCUACUCAGAAGGGAGGUCCUGGUCUUGCAUCUCUAAGUCCAGUACCUUGGACUAGGGUCUCCUUUUCUCUGUUUUGACUGAAGAGAGUGCAGUUAGGUAAGUCAGUCCUGCAUUCUGGGAAUUUAUGCAACUGUUGCAGCUCUCUUCUGAUUCAGAUAUGGCCUUCACAAUGACCAGCAUGUUCCCUCUAGAAGAAGGGAAGAGUACAGUCUGUUUGCAACUAAAACAUCUAAGAGGCAGUUUUUCUUGUUUAAAACAGUUGAGUGAGAGCUUUAAUUUUCAAAAUGUACCUCAUAUUGUAAUUAGUAAGCAGAGGCUUCCUAUUAUCCUAUUCUGUCCCUUCUACAGCCAUUCAUGUACUCACAUAGUACAAGCUACACUAACUAUGGAUCCAGCACCUUAGCCAUCUCAACUUUAUUUUCUCCAGGUGUUACCUGCCCCUAACUAACUGUUGCACUCAGAUUACCUUCUAUCCCUUAUUAGUUUAUUCCUCCAAGCCCCUAAAUUCUAAUCAGAAGUGCUCUGUGGGGGGGUGGGGGUGUAGUUAGGAAACUAACAUUAAAAAGUUGCAGAAAACCAUCUUUCUAUGGUGAUGUAGUACCUAUAAAAUAUAUAUGAUAGAAAACUAAUACAUGCCCAUUCCUUAAACAAAAAACUUUAAGUAUUUGCCUUCCCUGAAGUCUCUUGGCUUUGUCUUGUAUUUUCUUGUAUAUGUAAACGAGUGCACAUUUCUUCUGUGAAAAUGGAGCAACAAGAUUUCUGAAAAACAAGAGGGGAGGAAUACAGGGAUGAGUUGUUCUGAGUGGUAGAAUCUACAUUUUAAAUAUGCACCAGCCCAUACAUUAGAAUAGAUAGAGAACAAGAAAAAGAUGCGCACAUAUAGAUAGAUGCUGGAGUGGUUUUAUUUCCAUGCAUUUUCCUGCUUGUCAGAGACUUAAGAGUGGCCAUACUUGAGAAUAAACUUGUUACUGAUGAUUUA